AUGUCUUCUAUCAAUGCCAUAGAGAGCGACCUUGACGAGCAACGUCAAGCUGCUUUCCUCCAGCUAAGACCUUUAUGUGUCUCUCUCAUGACCUCCAUUAUAACCUCUCACGAAAAAGUUCAAGAUAUCAUUCAAACCAUUAACAGUUUGCAUUCAACCCUUGAAGCCAUACCCGAAGCCUCCAAGGUCCUCGACUUUAAUUUAAUCAAGUAUGUUUUUUUCCCUUUGUCGAAUCUUUACAACAAUCCGGCUCUAAGAGAGAGCGAUAGGUUUCUUGAGGGAUUUCUAAACUGUAUUCAGUUUUUAUUGUCCACAAGCUGGCAUAACUACAUGAUGCCAGAUCAAUUCAAGCAGCUAUUAAUUUUACUUGUUAGCAUCAUUGGAGGCUCGUUUUCUUCUGGAUCAAAAGACACCAAAGGAGAUCAGACUAAUUCAAAAUUCUCCAUUUCGGAAGAAACAAAACUUGUUGGAGUUAGAUGUAUUCUUGCUCUAUUACCACGACAAUUGGAAUACGAUGAAACAAAUGAUAUCAACAAUUUUCAGUUACCAAUACGUCGCGAAUUACUUUUAAUAGAACUUCGCGACACGAAACUAAGAGCGGUCGUAGGUCGUUGCGUGUAUGUGUUGCUCGAGAUUAUUUCAAACGAACGCUUCCUUCAACUGAGGAUAGCGUCUAUAGAGACGUUACAACAACUGACCGUGUGCAUUGACGAUCCAGGAAUUGUGGCAGCGUUUUUGCCUGGAGUAUUAAGCACGUUGAGUAAGGUUAUAAUCAGGGAUCAAAAAGAAAACCACAUGCUUUUGGUAAAAAUAGUUGAGUCCUUAGCCACUAUUGUUUACACUGUCAUGAACGACAAAGUAAACGAAGGUCUGUUUUAUAAAUCAGACUCCUUGAACGAUUUAAAAGAUGUCUUGAUGAGUUCGGAUAGUUUUCACAAUAAUAGCAGUCUCUCAUCAUUUGAAACAAGGAGCACUUUACAAGCAUCCUUGUCUGCACCUCCGCCCAUGACACCAGCAACUAUUUAUGUGGAAAGAACAAAAUCGUGGCUUAGGGCAACCAAAAUGCAAAUUAAAAUUCUAAUUGGACAAAUAUUUACAAUUCGCAAUCAUUAUUCAUGGCAGCUUCGACUAGCAUUCGUAGAAUUUACAUACAAACUACUUUCUCAUUGUAUCAAUUCAUUGGACAACUGUACACCAUUAUUAAUUGAAACCCUAGUAUUCUACCUGAAUGAUGAUUACGAACAAGUUUCAAUACCAUGUAAAAAGUAUUUGAAGGAAUUGCGUGUGCAUCCAAAUUUCAGUGAAAUUUUGACACCAAACUUAAAAGAAGGUUUAAGUUCUUGGCUCACAUCCUUACCAAGGUACUUGGUCGGUCUCGAUGAAAAUGCAAAAUACAAUGCAUUAACAUUAAUCGCUGGCUUUAUCUUUCUAUUGGGAUCGGAUGUACAAACAGUCUUGAACAAUUUAUUGCAUAAAGUUUCUGAUGGAUUGCUAAAUGCUCUGGAAUUCGACACCGGGGAUGUUCGUAUCGUGGAAGAUCAGCUUCUCAUCGGACAGUAUGAAGAUCUCGCGAAUGAUCAUCUUGUCCUGGAAAAUUUCCAUGCAUCUGACCGUUUGCUUCCACCAUUCCCUCAAGUUAAAUAUAAACACAUACGCGAGCGACGUGUAACAUCUACUAUAUCGACGGUUGUUCGUUUAAUUGGAUACUUUGGAAAGAUCGAAUUCUUGAUUGAACAUUUUCUCACAUACUUGCGGGAUCCUGAUUCCAAAAAAUUUCAUGCACAAUGCAUCUUCAUCGUAAAUGAAAUAUUGCUAGGGGCAUCCGGAAUAAAUCUCAAUUUUGAAUAUUUGGAGAUGGUAAACCCUACUAAUUCCGCGAACGAGGUUAAAAGAAUCGCAAGAUCAUUAUUAAGGGAAUAUAUGGAAACGGAUUCCGCAUGUGAACGUGUAGAGGAGUUCGAGUCAAAAUCUUUGGUUAAAUCAAAUAAGGGUAAAAGAGUGGAACCGAAUCUGAUCAACGAAUAUACUGGAAAAUCGACAAGAAUGGAAAAUAUUGAAUCACAAAAUCGAUCUAUUUUAAUUAAAUGCUUUACACUGGAAGGAAUUGCACACAUAUCUCGUGUAAUGACCGUGGAAUUUAAGGUAGAAUUGACAGAUGCUCUAUAUCCCAUUCUUGAAAAAAUGGGCGAAACUAAUAGUCGGAUACACAACACUGCAGAUACUGCGCUUCAUCAUGUUUCAGUAUGCUGCGGCUAUUCGUCAAAAAAAGCAUUGGUGCUUGAAAAUAUUGAUUAUCUUAUUAACACUGUUUCUAGAAAAUUGAAUCAUAUCACCCCAAACCCUCAAACUCCGCAAGUACUCACGGCAAUGAUCCGCGUAGUUGGACACCCCGUGAUUCCUUAUUUAGAUGAUUCGAUAGAAGAAAUAUUUGACGCGUUAGACACUCACCAUAUGAAAUUUCAUUUAUUAUGCCAGUUGACAAUUGUUUUAUUUGCUGUAAUCAGUGCCAUCGCCGAGCCUCACGAAAAGGAGCAUGAUGAAAACCAUUCUAAUGAAAAUAUUGUUAUCGAGGAAGACAAUUGUGUGAAUCCACCUAAGCAGGUCACUGCUGGAAUGUCUAAAGAGAUUUCUGAAUUCAUUGAAAGUUAUUCUCUACAGGACACACAAACCAAUUUGCCAAAAGAAUAUGCGACAUUAGAAGAAAUAGGACAGUAUUUUCUGAACAUUCAUAAAUCGAAAGAAAAGGCAGAGGUCGAUGAUAUUCCUGAGCAUGAAGCUGACCCCGAAACUAUUUAUCCUAAUGAAGAAACAUCCGAUAAAAAGGCCAAACCGACACGAUCACAAUCAAUUUGUCUCAAAAUAAUUGACAAAGUUCUCCAUUCUCUUACAUCUGCAUCUCCACAAUUGCGUUUUCUGGUGUUGGAUAUAAUACGCACUGCCCUACCUGUACUACAGCCUAUUUCCAAUGAACUCUAUCCCUUGGUUCAUAGGAUAUGGCCUUCUGUAGUUAACAGGUUGAAGGAUGAGGAACAGUUUGUGGUUUUAGGUGCAGCGCGACUUAUACAGGGUAUUGCCAUUUCAUGUGGAGAUUUUUUCACCAGUCGAGUAGUUCAGGAUGUGUGGCCAUCUUUUCAAGACUUGCUCUUACAGCAAGCAACAAACGAUAAAGAAUAUUCAGAUUUAAUGAAUUACGAAUUUUCACGAUCACAUAGAAUAAAAAAAGCGAUUUUGGAGACAAUGAAAGUGGUAGUACAUCGCGUUCUGCUAUCCAAUCAAGUGAUUUCGCAAAUUAUUGAUACAAUGUGGCCAUUUUUGAGUGAUGAGGUUCACGAGGAUCUUCAAAAAAUAGCUCUAGAAUUAUUCAGAGAAUUAGCGCAUAGAGAUGCCAAUACUACUUGGCUUGUCCUCAGAGGUUUAGUUGAAGAUUAUACCUUAUUGGUUUUUGAAAAUAAAUCCGAUUAUAACGACAAUAAUGGCGAGUCUAUGUUAGAAGAUAUUACUUGGCCAAAAUAUUUGUGUAGAUUUCCGGAAGGUGGGAAAAAAGAUCAAUAUACACGUAACGCCAGGAUAUUGCUUGAUGAAAUAGAAUGA